AUGGCUGUAUCCACCAUUGAGGUCCCCGAGGUCCGGACCUCGCGUUCACCAUUUCACUUUUUUGUCCCAGGUUGCUGUAGUGACGCAGAAGCUGAACAUUGCUUUAGGAUGACAGAUGGCAGCAAGAGCGAUGCCCCUAGCAGAGAAAGGCACCACGGGCCAUCUGCUCUGAGAAGGAAAGGGGUUGAACACCAAGAGGGGGGCAGAGGUUCCACCGGGCUUUUAAUCAGUGAAAGUAAGAGGGGCUACUGCCAUGACCUCCCUCCAGCUUCUGCUUUCCUCCAAUGGACAAGCAGUUACCAGAGUGACAGUGACUCUGACUCUGAUGUGGACCGACCUGAACCAGACCGUGUGCAGGAUGACCUAGCGAGUCGCAGAUUUCGCUCUGUAACCUCUAUGGCACCCAUGAACUUUGCUGUUCCUUCAAAGCCAAGGGGCCCCAGAGGGAACUCUAGGGUGCCAUGUGCAAGAAACUCAUUGCUCACCUUGUCAGAUGCCUCACACCUGACUGACGUGCUCCCCCAGAGAUCUAAUCAGAGCAUGCCACCCUCCCUUUCCUGUGAAAAUGGAAACACGGACUUGAAAACGGGUGCAUUGGAGAGAGAGUUUCUUCAGUGAGCAAUAAAUGACAUCACAAGCGAUUCUGAUGAGGACAGAGAAUAUGCUGACCCCAUGCACGACGACCUUUAUGUACGGCGGGUGCUUCUAUCAGAACAUCAGACCUCUGUCAAUGCUGAUCCAGACAAGUUCCUGCCCAAAUUCUGGACCCCUGAAGAAGAACUGCAUGUCGGAAAGAUCAUGCUAGGGUCCCAGCGUCGGCCAUGGUACAAAAAGCUGCAGGGUUUCAGGAGCAAAUCCAUGGGUUACAUCACACUCGAGCCCAUACCACAGGAAUCUGACAACUGCCUGAGCUUUGACCCACUGGGGUCGCUGCAUGAUCAACAGAGAUCUGUCGAAGGGCUGACUUUUGAACCCUCAGCUAUACACAGAGUUCAGCAGAAGCAGUUACACAGUAUACGGGUCAGAAUGAAGGAAAGUGAAGCCAAGUGGCAGGAAGAUCUGAGCAAGUGGAAAAGUCGACGGAAAAGUGUAAACUCUGACCUCCACAGGAAGAGAGAGGAAAGGGAGCUUAUUACUAAAGAAGUAGGGACUGGUACGAGUUCACACAAGAUCGCUAGAAGCCACGUGCUUUCCUGUAGAACCUUGGGGCAUUCACAUACUCCAGACUUUGUAGAGAAGAUUCACCUAAACCCUCAGACCUUAGAUCAGGCAAACAAUGCAGUUGCAACGUCUUCCAGCUCCAACAUCCAACAUAGUUCAUCUGCAGCUGUUGCCGUCUCAGAUCCAGAACCCUACCAGCAGCAACCUGGUCCAGACUUAGGGCGGCAGGCCAGCCUUUUAGAGAACAUUUAUGCAGGUGGAACACGGAUAUCAGCCACUUUACCUAGAGGUUUCCGAAGGUCAGAAGGUUGCUCACGCCUCUCCAUGGGAGUCACACCACGUCCUUUUGGAACCAAGCCAUCCAAUGUGUCCUUACUGCCCAGAGUAUAUGCUAUGGAUGACUCUCAUAAGAACUUGAUCAGUGGGCAGAAAGAUCAUUCCCUCAUUCCCUCUUUCCUCAGCGGCCAAGGAAAGGUCACAACCUCUGCCAACACAGGCCAAUCUCAUUCAAGCACUCAUCUAAUCAGUAUUAAUGGGGAUGACAGGGAAGAGAGAAUAGAUGAAAGAUCAUCAGCACCUCCACUUCGGUCACUUGUCACUAAUGUGACCAUGGCCCCAUCCUUUAAACAACCAUCCACCAUGUGUGUGGGUCAAAGUGAAAUGCGAGUCUGUCUGAAUCAGAAACCUAACAGUAAGAGAGACUUCGGAUUCAAGGCUCACUGGGACUCAACUGGUGCUUGUGUUAAAUUUGUCCACACAGGAAGCCCAGCAGAGUUGUGUGGUCUGCAGAUGGGUGAUGAGAUUGUGGCGCUGGGAGGCUGCAGGGUGGCUGAUAUGAAGUAUGAGCAGUUUAAAGAAAGCAUGGACAGAGCACAGCAAAAUGGGUCUUUGCUAAUGGACAUCAGGCAUCAUGGCCAGAAUGGCUGGGGCAGUGGCCCUCCUUCCCUUCCAUACAAGAGCCAUAAGACCAUCAAUUUGACCAGCUCCAAUGUAGGGCGACUAGAGCACAUUGUCUCUAUCAGCACAAGCUCAAACUCACCUGUGGAGUCUGCAGGGAAGACGCAGGUGAAUGGACAACCUGCUAAUGGAGUUCUGUCAAAAAUGGUGAAUGGAAGUUUCUUGAACAAGUCAGCUGCUAUACAAAACAAAGGAGGCUCUGAGUCUGCCAUAUCUGAUCUUCAGGUUCCUUCCAUCAGUGCCACCUCAUCUCGUUGGUUGUGGGACCAUGAGGAGGAGAGGAGGCGGCAAGAGAAAUGGCAGAUGGAGCAAGAGCGCCUCCUGCAGGAGAAAUACAGACGUGAUCAGGAGAAGUUAGAGGAGGAGUGGAGGAGAGCUCAACAGGAGGUGUAUGGAGAGGAGCUCAGGGGUCUUGAGGAGCAGAAAAGCCAAGAUGUGCUAUCCAAUGGAAAUGCCACGUCUUAUGUUACACCUCCCUUCUUUAACCAAUCCACCAUUUACACUUCAGUGACACCCAAUCAGAAUGCAGAGAAGGUGGAAGUAGCACAAAACAGACAGGGUGCUGUACAAAUAGCACCAGGACAUCACUCACAGAGGACGGCAGUGGAAUGUGAUUUAACCACAAAGAGUCAGUGGUCAGAGGAGUCCUAUGGGUUUGCCAUACUUACAGUUUCAGACAGGACAAAGUCUAAAUCAACCCCUGCGCUUGAAGGACUUCACAAACAACAUGCAAAAGGCAGCAGUAAGGAGAAGGGCCAGGUGUCACAGGCAGAACAAGAACGCCUACAGAUUUUGGAAGAGAUGAGGAAGAGGACUCCACUUCUUACAGACAGCAGUUGGAUACGCCAGCGCAGUCCUAGCAUCAACAAAGAGCCCAUUAACCUGACAUCAUCUAUCAGGAGAUACGAGUCUCUGGACAACCUCCUCACAAGCAACUCCUUGUCCAGGCAGUCCUACACUUCAAGCAGACCUCGCUCUGCAUUGGGCAGCACUGGCACUUACAGAAGCGGACGUAGCACCCUGGGUCCUAGUUCAGCUAUCUUCUCUUCUGGUCUUAAACAGAGCUCCUGGUUUGCCUCCAACUCUUCCACUCCACCAGUCACAACUUCAAGUGAGCCCCAUCCAAACUCACAGCAAUGUUGCAGUGCGUCCCACAAUCCUUAAGUGACCAGAAUGCAUUGCAACAGAUUGAAGAGGAAUGUACCACAGAAACCGCUUCAGGAAUCACAACUACUAGUACAACCUAAAUUACGGUUUCAACAUCCAGUUAAAGUUUGACCGUUUUUUUAUUUCUGUAAUUUUUCUCAUAUUGUGACUGAUCUGUUGUGAAAAGUUAGAACAAGAACAACACAACAUCGUAGCACCCCUGAGGUUAUUCCUGUAAUGGCUUACGUUCAAGGUUAGAUGGAAUGCACAGCUGUUCUUAUAUUACUUAUUACGUGGCAUUAGUGACAUGUAAUUACAUGUCUAACGUGUCCAAUAAUUCCUAAGAGAUUUUGUAUGUGCUUUUUUCAUGUAACUCCUUGCAAAUAACUCAUUUAAAUUUAGCAUAUAUUAUAUUAUAAUAUUUUAUUUCUUUAAUAUAAACUUUCCUUCCUCAGAUUUAUCGUAAAUGUUUAAACACACUUUAUUUGUUUUUGAAUCACUUAUCUACCACUUUUCUCAUUGGUUCAAAGCACAUGCUGGUAAUGGUAGUUGGACUGUAAUGCAAGUGAGUCAUUGUUCUGCAUUUGUAAAUUUAAAGUUUCAAGCAAACUGCCUAUUGAGUUAAGGGAAAAACAACAUGUGGUCUGUCAUGCUUUUUAGGAAGAGAUGCUGUCCAGUAUGUGGGGAUCUGAGCAAAAACAGUACAGCUUUGUUUUUCUGUUUCAUGAAUACUGGAUUUUGCCAAUCCAUGUGACUCACACAAAUAGGUGUAAUAAGAACAAAUAGAUUGGUUCAAGCACCUUUGCAUAUUAGCACUUAGAAUGUAUAUCCGUAUCAUAUCUGUGUUAGGUAACAGUUUAUGCACAUUGAAUUAUGUUUUGCUGUCUUCUCAAAUUUAAAAUAAAUUUUUACUUUUUA